UUCUCUCUCUCCCUCGCCCUCGCCCUCUCGCUCCGACCUGCACGCACCACCAGGUCUCUAGUCACGAUGGACCGCGAGCAGUUCCGCAAGGCCGGCUACGCCGCUGUCGAUCGGAUCUGCGACUACUUCGAGAACCUCGAGAGCUACGACGUCGUGCCAAAGGUCCAGCCGGGCGACAUUGCUCGCCUCAUCGCCGAUGAGGCGCCGCAAGAAGGAGAGCCAUGGGAGAACAUCUCGAAGGACUUUGACCGGGUCAUCCUGCCCGGCAUCACGCACUGGCAGCACCCGAACUUCUACGCCUACUUCCCCGCAAACACGACCUACGAGUGCAUCCUCGCCGACAUGUACGCCGGUGCCGUCAGCAAUCCUGGGUUCAACUGGCUGUGCUCGCCCGCAUGCACCGAGCUCGAGUCAAAGGCGACAGACUGGGUCGCCAAGCUGCAUGGUCUCGACGACACGUGGCAGAACGAGGGCAAAGUCGGCGGCGGGGUCAUCAACGGCUCAGCGUCCGAGUCGUGCCUCACCGUCUGCAUCGCCGCUCGCGAGCGUUACCUGCGCCUGCACCCGAACACGCCGUUCGCCGAGCUCGUCAUCGUCGCCACGACGCAGACGCACUCGCUCGCGGCCAAGGCGGCCCUCAUCCUCGGCAUCGAGUUCGUCGCCAUCGAGACCAAGGAGGAGGACGACUGGGCCUUGAGGGGAGACGGGCUGCGCACGGCGCUCGAGGAGAUCGAGGGUCAGGGCAAGAAGCCGUUCAUCCUCAUCGCAACUCUCGGGUCGACGAGCACCGGCGCCGUCGACAAGUUUGGCGAGAUCACGGCCGUCACCGCCGACUACCCUUCCCUCUUCCUCCACAUCGAUGCCGCAUGGGGCGGCGUCUUCCUCUCGCUCCCCGAGUGCCACGACGAGACCUUCCUGUCGGCCAUCAACGCUCGGGCGCCGCAGUCGGCCGACGACGUCGGCGAGGGCGCUAUCUGCGCCGGCGGCGAGGUCCACUCGAUCUCGAGCAACUUGCACAAGUCGGGCUUGGUCACGUUCGACGCCAACUGCCUGUGGAUCCGCGACCGGGCCCUCCUCACUUCGGCCCUCGACGUCACGCCGCCUUUCCUCCGCACCGCUCAAGCCUCAGCAGGUCUCGUCACCGACUACCGCAACAUGAGCAUCUCGCUCGGCCGCCGCUUCCGGUCGCUCAAGAUCUGGUUCGCCCUGCGCUCGUACGGCGUCACCGGCUUCCAGAAGCACCUGCGCCAGCUCAUCUCGCGCGCCGAGGUCUUUGAGCGCGCCCUCCUCGACGCCGACAAGGGCGUGCCCGGCGUCGUCCUUUUCACGCCCCGGCGCUUCUCGCUCGUCGUCUUCCGCGUCGUCAGCCUCGCCGCCGCAACCCCUAGGAGCGACACGCCCGACGCCGUCGCCGCCCGCCUCGAGCGCGAGAACGCGCUCAACGCGAGCGUGGUCCGGCACGCCAACGAGGACUCGAGCCUCAUGCUCACGCCGACGACGGUCGGCGGCAAGAACUGCGUCCGCAUCGCCAUCGGCAGCCCCAACACCGAGGACCGACAUGUGCUCGACCUUGUCGAAAAGAUUCGGCGGCUCGUCGACCGCGCUCGCGAGGAGGUCGGCGACUCGAAGCAGUUGUAGAUCUAGAGCUGUCGAGCGAGCAACGAGAUGUAUUCUGCAGACGC